GAGAGGCAUUGCUUUGACAUCCUUAUUCAUAGAUCAGCUGUGAUGGCCCAUGCAGGAAAAGUCAUGUCCAGUGGUAGAAAAUAGCCUCAACUUCCUUACUCAAAAGGGGUUUAGCAGCAAAAUCCUUUCAGAUAAACGGGUAGUUGGAGAAGGUGCGGAACCAGGGCAAUUUCUAAUGCAUCUCCAUUUUUCUCAUUUGAGAAGGCACUCGACAAUGUUGACUGAGACAUUGAAGGAUGUGGAAACACUCUUCUGAAGUCUGAGGAUCCAUCGUAGCUUUUUUAUGGUGACUGGACUACCCAGGCAGAACAAGUGCUUCUUUUCUGCUUCUGUGGUGAAAGUGGAGGGUCUCAGUCAUCAUUCCAGCUGAACAUUGAUAAAAUAAUGUCAUUUCAAGGCUUGAGGACUCUUUCGAUAAGCUACUGAGUGUUUAUAGGAUCUUUUAACAAUCAGAGACAGUGGUUAACAAUCCCAUAUGAAAACUAAGUAGCAUUUACAUAUGUGGUUGUGCUAAGUUUUGAAAUGUUUUUUUUUCCUUUGAAAUCAACUUUGAUGUUUGUACAUUGAUCUGUGCCACUAAACUCUAAUUUUGAACUUACACAUUUGCUCAUAUAUCACAUUUGAG